GAGGAGGAGGAUGUAUUGUUCUGCUGAAUUGCUUGACCAUUAAAAGUGAAGGAAGAGAGAAGGAUGGGGGCGAAAAAAAGCGCGAAUUCAAGUGAAGUAGUUAUGGAAAAUAAGAUUAAGAAGAAGGAGGCGAUCAACAAUGAAGGUAAAGACGGCACUAUUUUUGCCUCUUGCUCUUUCUCAAGCCUGGGACUGCAUCCUACCUUGUGCGACGAGCUCCGUGGAAGAAUGGGUUUUGAAGUUCCAACCUCUGUACAAGCCCAAGCUAUUCCUGUUAUUCUCUCGGGGCGUCAUGUUCUUGUUAAUGCUGCCACGGGCACCGGGAAAACUGUUGCAUACUUGGCUCCAAUUAUUCAUCAUUUGCAGAACUUUGAUACCAGAAUCCAACGGUCUGAUGGAACAUAUGCGUUGGUCCUUGUGCCAACGCGGGAGCUAUGUUUGCAGGUUUAUGAAAUUCUUCAAAAGUUAUUGCAUCGAUUUCACUGGAUUGUACCUGGAUAUGUAAUGGGUGGUGAAAAUAGGUCAAAAGAGAAGGCCAGGUUGCGCAAAGGCAUAUCAAUUCUUGUAGCAACUCCUGGCCGCCUUUUAGAUCACCUGAAGAAUACAUCAUCAUUCUUGUACACCAAUUUGCGCUGGAUAAUCUUUGAUGAAGCUGAUAGGAUUUUGGAAUUAGGAUUUGGAAAAGAAAUAAAGGAAAUACUAGAUCAUUUAGAUGCAAAAACAGGUUGUGCUAACCAAGAGCAUGCAGUUUCAAGGCACUCUGGAGCUCUAAGACAGAAUUUGCUCUUAUCAGCUACUUUAAACGAAAAAGUGAAUCAUCUUGCUAAAAUUAGUCUAGAGAAUCCUGUGAUGAUUGGUCUUGAUGGCAAAGGGACAGAACCAAUUUCGACAAAGGAGAGCCUUGAUUCUUCAGAAUCUGAUGGGGAGAGUGAAGACAAUGAAGAGAAGUAUCCCAAAAACAUGCUGCAUACACCUGCCGGAGAUUAUAAAGUUCCCACACAAUUGAUUCAGAGAUAUGUUAAAGUACCUUGCGGUGCACGUCUUGCUGUUCUUCUUUCAAUUGUGAAGUACCUUUCUGAAAGGGAAGCUUCACAAAAGAUUGUGGUAUUCUUUUCGACAUGUGAUGCGGUAGACUUCCACUUUUCACUGUUAAGGGAAUUCCAGUUUUCUGCUCCACAAUCAGAAGGAGAUGCUAGACAGAUGUUUCUGGGGUGUAAAGUGUUUCGUUUGCAUGGGAACAUGGAUCAGGAGGACCGAAGGAAUACUUUUCAGACGUUUAAAGCAGAGAAAGCAGCGCUGCUGUUUUCCACUGAUGUAGCUGCUAGAGGACUGGAUUUUCCAAAAGUCAGAUGCAUUAUACAAUAUGAUUCUCCAGGGGAAGCCACUGAAUAUGUACAUAGAGUUGGUAGAACUGCUCGGCUGGGUGAAAGAGGAGAGUCAUUGUUAUUUCUGCAGCCAGUUGAAAUAGAUUAUUUACAGGACUUGGAAAAACAUGGUGUAUCACUGACGGACUAUCCUCUCCUCAAAGUGUUGGAUAGUUUCCCACUAUAUGGUCAAAAGAAGCAUACCAAGAAUUUUGUUGCCAUAGAGUCGCAUCCCUGGGUCAUUUGUCUUCAGAAGGCACUUGAAUCUUUCAUCAUGUCUAAGCCCAAAAUUGAUAAACUUGCCAAGAGGGGAUUUUGCUCUUGGGUCCGUGCCUACGCUGCCCAUCGUGGUGAUUUGAAAAGGAUAUUUAUGAUCAAGAAACUCCACUUGGGGCAUGUAGCAAAAAGCUUUGCACUUAAACAACAACCUUCCUUAGUUGCAAAGUCAUACCAGAAGCAAGCUAAGAGGAAGAGGCUUCAGAAGCAAAGCGGGCUGGCUAAGAAGAGAAAGAUCACCGGUGUGACAUGAGACAGACCUUGGAAGUUUUUAAUCAUAGAAGCAGAAGAUAAACAGUAUCUGAAUCUUGUUCAUUCAAGUGACUGAUGAAUGAUGAUUACGGAUGUUCAUUCAACUGAUCGAUUUGAACGGAGCUAGCCUUUUGAAGUUUUAGAGAAAUUUACGCUGUCAAAUUUGGAGAGAGAGAUUAAUUUUAGGGUGUAUCAUCGAUGGAUCUCACUUAGCUUCCGAUUGCGGGUUCUGAAUCAUCAUCUCUUGUCUCUAAAGUCUGAAUCACCCCAGUCCCCCCACAUUUCACGCAUGAAUGGCGAUGAGGCCUUCGCGAUGUUUCACUAAAAAUGCCGUGUGGGUGACUUCUGUAUCCAUGCUUCAGUAUGCACUGUGCAGUAUGAUUACUCUCAGUUGAUAUUUAUUUUCAAAUCCUACCUAUCAAUGUAAAAGUAAAAUCCAGGUCAAUGUUACUUUACUGUAUACACUGUCUUCUGUGCCUUCUAUCUUUUCUUGUUCAUUUUUUUCUUCGUUAUUAUUCUAGUUUAAAUGAAAAGUUGGCUGGCUUUUUUGGAUUUA